AUGCAACCCGACCAUUCGAAAAUAGCACCCUUCUCCUCUCUUUCUAAUAUUCUUUUUCUUUCCUCCUCUCUCCCUCUCUCUUUUUCAAAAAGGCACCCUUUCUUCUCCUUAUCCUAUCUGACUCACUCGUUCUUUCCUUUUCUCUUUCACUCUAUAUCUCUCUCAUUUUCUCUCACGUUCUAUAUCAGUUUCUCUUUCUGGGUGUUACCCUUUCAUCUCUAUCCUUUUUUUCCCGACCUCUCUCUCGCACUCUCUCUUUCACACACAUACACUCGACCUAUCUUCUUUUCCUUCUCUCUCACUCUCUCUCUCUCUCUCUCUCUCACACACACACACUUUAUUUCACAAAAAUGUUACAUUUUUUUCUUUGUUUCUCACUAUCGCACUCUUUCUUGCAUUCUCUUGAAAACAAUACCCUUUAAUCUCACCCAUUCCCCCUCUCUCUCUCUCUCUCUCGUUCGCCCCCUUCACUUUCUCGAAAACAACAUCAUUUCCUUUCCUUAUCUUAUUAUUCUUCCUUUAUCUACCUACUUAUCACAAAUUCUUUGUUUUUAUCUCUUUACCCCUCUCUCUUUUAUCUUUCUCUCUCGAAAACUAUCACUCCUAUUAAUCUUUUGGCCGCUUUCUCUUUCCUCUUACUUUUACACUAACUCACAUUGUCUUCUUUGUCUCUCUCACUCUCUCUCUCUCUCUCCCGAAUACAAUAUCUCCUUAUUCCUUUCUUUCUUUCUUUCUUUCCAUUUUCCAUUGCUUCUCUUUCUUUCCCUAUUUUCUCUCUUUUCUUUUUCCUUCACUUUUCUUCAUCUCUAUCUUUUUGUCCACUUAAUUCUUCUUCUUCUUUUUCCUUACACUCUAUUUUCUCCCUUUUCUUCUUCUCCUGAUUUGAUGCUUUUUCUACCUUCUUUCUUUUCCCAUCUAUAUUGCUUUCUCAUCUUUUUCCCUUUUUCAUUAUCUUUCCUUUUCUCUUUCUCUUUUUCUUUUAUGCCUAAUUCAUUUUUUCUCAUUCCUACUUUCAUUUCUUUUAUACCGUUUUCCAUCUCUCUCUCUCUCUCUCUCUCUCUCUCUCACACACACACUUUCACUCUGUUUCCCUUUGCAUAUCUCAUUCUCUCUUCUUUUUCCAUCUCCCUUGUAUCUUUUUCUUCCCCUUUUCUUUUCUUUCUCCCGCUCCUUUCCUCCAUUCUUCCUCACUCUUCCUCUUUAAAAUUAUCCCUUUCUUAUCUCUAUUCUUUUCUUUCUAAAUAUUCGAGUUCUUUCUCGUUAUUCCAUUUUUUUUAUCACUUUCCAAGUCAGUACCUCACUUUCAACAGCUGUCUUUGUCACCUUUUUACUUUCCAUCCUUUUCCUCUCCCCUCUAUCAGCAUUCAUCCCGUCUCUCUCUCUUCCUCUCUCUCUCAAAUACACACUCGUAAUUUAAAAGGUGCUAAAUAUGUUACCUCCUCAUUCUCCUUUUCCUCCUUCCUCGCGUUUGAUCGCUUUGUGUGA